AUGUGCAAAAGCGAUGAUAACAGCUCCAGGACAAUCAGGACAGAGAUGAAUCUGGUGAACGAAGAGGAGAAGGACGACGACCACAACGAAAGAAUUGAUGAUUUUCCUUCAACCUUACACAAUGAAAUGAUGGAGGGCUACUACCCAUACAAUGGAAUCAUAAGUUUCAAACCCGUGCCACAUGCGGAUCCGCAAGAAGAGUCUUCCGGUUGUAUCAAGCGCCCUUCGCCUGAACCCGCCGCCUUUGGUGAACCUGUCAUCUGGGCACUCUUUGUGCAAUCUUUUGCAGUCGUGUUUGGGAUUCUGGCAGGCAUCUUUGCAGAGCUUUCGAAUGACAGUAGUAGCCUACAGGAACGAGAGAAUGCGAUUUUCUAUGCCCAAAUGCUGGGAGGUACGAGCAUUGCACUUUCAACGAUUGCGAUUCGAUUGCUUGCCAGAGUUGCACGAGAACAUCAAUUCAAACGACUGUCACGUGGGAGACCCAUGUAUCGAAAGGCUACAUGGAUCUCGUUAGUAUUCGGGAUUGUCUAUUGUUUAGGUUAUGGCGAGUUUUCUUUGUGA